AUGGAAAUGUCUUCAACAAAGCUCUUUCUUUGUUAUUGUCUUUUCUUGAUUCUCUUCUUCAACCCCAACCCCGCUCGCUCUCACAACUUCAGCUUCCAUUUCCCAUCUUUCAAUCUCACUAACCACCUCACUCUUCUUGGAGACUCAUACCUCGAAAAUGGUGCUCUAUUCCUCAGCAGAUGGUCACAAGUCCCAUCUUCAAGAUCUGGCUCCGCCUUGUACAAGAACCCAAUUCGUUUCUUUCACAAAGACGCCAAUGUUGCCGCUUCUUUCUCCACAAGAUUCACUUUUAUGAUUGAGAGCGUGAAUCCGCCGUCAUCUGGGGCUGGAUUCUGCUUCUUCCUCUCCCCUUAUAGCCACAGUUUGGAGAGCCCAGGAGGGUUCUUGGGCCUGAUGGACUCAUCGUCCCAGACGUCGACCAAGAACAGGUUUGUUGCGGUUGAGUUCGAUACGGUGCAAGAUUUGCAAUUUGAUGACCCAGAUGACAACCAUGUGGGAUUGGAUAUAGACACCAUUGUCUCUGUCAAGACCACUCCCACUGCAAUGCUGGGUGAUAUCAAUCUUAAGAGUGGCUUCACAAUAACUGCUUGGAUUGAUUACCAGAGCUGCAAGAAGAAACUGGAGGUUUUCUUGAAUUACGACACUCCCAAGCCUAGAACCCCUGUAAUGGUGGUUGAUAUAGACCUCUCUGGUUACCUCCACGAGUUCAUGUUUGUUGGCUUCUCGGCUUCUACGGAGGAAAGCACCGAGCUCCAUGUAAUUGAGAAUUGGAGUUUCCACACUUUUGGAGACUUUUAG